CACACACCCUUCGCCGCACACCGUGGAACACUCCCGGCGUUCCAGAUCGGGGCGGUGCCAUGGCACGAGCGCGGUCCAGAUCACCACGGAGCAAUCUGCAGAUUGCGGAUCAGAAGAUUGUUUUCAUAGGCACUUCCACUCGCUUUGACUUGGGGCAGAAGUAUUGUGGAGUCAACAACGGCUUGUUCAAGUGCAAAGAGCGGAUCAAAGAGCUCGGAGGUGAGGUGGUGGGGACCGUUGCCUCGGGUCGAAAGAUCAUCCCCAAGGACGAGAAGAUGAUUGAACGUGCGGACCUCGUAGUCAAGCAGCUUGGCGUGGUCGAGCAACGUGUCCAGCCUGCCCCACAGCUGGAAGGCCGAAGGUUCGUGUCCCCAAAAUGGUUCUACGGUGGCGUGCAAUGUGCAUCAUGCAUGUUUAAAUAUUCUUAAGGACGGUGAGAGAUGUGGGAGUAGUAUGACAAUAGUAGUUGCAAUAGUAGCCAGGGGCCGGUAGCUAUUAGCAGCAGCAACAGCAGUAGUAGUAGCAGCAGUAGUUGUUGUUGUCGUUGUUUUUUUGGUGUUAUUCUUUUGCAUGGGGUAGAAGCAGAAGGACUACCAGCCACAACACUCCAAGGAUGAGCAACUAUGCUGAUGUGGAUCUGCAGAAGGCGUCUCACCACAUCACCCACCUGGCCCAAACUGAAUCGGAUUCGGCCCAUCCAUCCGCCAAAUCGACCUCCCAAAACCAACUGGCGUUACGGAGAAGUGCAUCACCCGC